CCCUGGCAGCAGUCGCUUCGUGCUACGUUGGAGCGCUUUGAAAGUAAACUUUGCAGCUAGAAAUACCGGCAUCGCGUCUCCCGCAUCGUUGAUCACGGCCCCGUAUUACGCAUUCGAUCGCAAUGGGACGCAAAGUGACCCUCGCUGUGUGCACGCUUAACCAGUGGGCGCUGGAUUUCGAUGGAAACUACAGGCGAAUUCUCAAAAGUAUCAAGGAGGCGAAGGCGAAGGGCGCUUCCUUCAGAUCAGGCCCUGAACUGGAAGUAACGGGAUAUGGAUGCGCCGACCACUUCUACGAAAGCGACACACUUCUUCACUCUUGGGAAGUCCUUGCCUCCUUGCUGCGUGAUCCAACAUGCGAAGGGAUUAUGGUCGACAUUGGCAUGCCUGUCAUGCACAGAAACGUCACUUACAACUGCAGAGUCAUCUUUCUCAACAAGAAAAUUCUGCUGAUUCGCCCCAAGCUCAUGAUGUGCGACGACGGCUGCUACCGCGAGUCGCGCUGGUUCACGCCGUGGCAGAAGCCUCGUCGCGUUGAGGAGUUCUUCCUACCUCGCAUGAUCUCCGAAAUAACUGACCAGAAAGUGGUGCCAAUCGGAGACGCUCUCAUCUCAACGAAGGACACGUGCAUUGGAUUUGAAAUUUGCGAAGAGCUCUGGAAUCCCCUGAGUUCUCACAUAAUGGCUUCGCUGGAUGGCGCCGAGAUCAUAGUCAACGGGAGUGGAUCUUAUCACGAGCUACGAAAGAACUACGUCGUCUGUGACAGAAUCAAGUCCGCUACGGCAAAGUGUGGCGGCAUCUACAUGUUUUCAAACCUGAGAGGCUGCGACGGUGAACGGGUCUACUACCAAGGUUGCUCGAGCAUUGCCAUCAAUGGCGAGUUUGCUGCCAUAGCCAAGCAGUUUGCCUUGGAAGAAGUCGAAGUCACAACUGCUACGUUAGACCUGGAGGAUGUCAGAGCAUACAAAGUGAAGAACAGGAGUCGAACAUUGAAAGGGGCAGAAUCGGAAGGUUAUCCACGCGUCGUUGUCGACUACUCUCUCUCCAGCACUGCCGACAUGGCCGUCCCACCCAGUCCGAUAAUCGAAUGGGCAUUUCCAACACCAGAGGAAGAGAUUGCCUUGGGACCUGCCUGCUGGCUUUGGGACUACCUGCGACGCAGCGGGCAAGGCGGGUUCUUUGUCCCGCUGAGUGGCGGAAUUGACAGUGCCAGUGUCGCAGCAAUCGUGUUUUCCAUGUGCCGCAUGGUCUGCGCGGCCGUGAAGAAUGGCGAUCCGGACGUGUUGAGGGACGCCAGGCGCAUAGUGGGCGACCCCGAGUACGUGCCAAAGGAGCCACGAGAGCUGUGCAACCGGGUCCUCGUCACAUGCUACAUGGGCACGGAGAACUCGUCACGUGAAACGCGAGCACUGUCCAAGGACAUGGCCAACCAGAUAGGAAGCUAUCACAUGACAGUAGCCAUCGACGCGGCUGUGACGGCCAUCGUCGCGAUCUUUUCGACACUGACGGGCCGCAUUCCCAAAUUUCGAGUGUUGGGCGGCGGUUCGCGGGAGGACCUGGCUUUGCAGAAUGUCCAGGCCAGGCUACGAAUGGUUCUUGCCUACUUGUUUGCGCAACUCAUCCUCUGGGCUCGAGAUCGACCAGGCGGUCUGUUGGUCCUAGCCACCGGCAACGUGGAUGAAGGGCUCCGUGGGUACCUGACAAAGUACGACUGUUCGAGCGGAGACAUCAACCCAAUCGGGGGCAUCAGCAAAGUUGACCUGAAGCGUUUCUUGAAAUACGCCUGCGAAACGUUCAAGCUGUCGGCACUGAACGAAAUACUCAGGGCCACACCAACUGCGGAACUGACCCCACUGAAAGACGGACACACUGUACAGAGUGACGAGGCUGACAUGGGGAUGACGUAUGAGGAGCUCAGCACGUAUGGACGACUGAGAAAGCAGCUCGCCUGCGGGCCGUACUCUAUGUUCAGCAAGCUGGUUCACCAGUGGCAGAGCAAGUGGACACCGUUUCAGGUUGCCGAGAAGGUGAAGCACUUCUUCAGGACGUACUCCAUCAACCGUCACAAGAUGACCGUCAUCACGCCGUCCUACCACGCCGAGUCGUACAGCCCAGACGACAACCGCUUCGACCUCCGGCCGUUCCUCUACAACCCCCUGUGGUUGUGGCAGUUCACCCAGAUUGACGCGCAGGUCAAACACCUUGACCUGCUCAAGGACAGCCUUUCCACGAGCACUGCUGGCACCAACAUCACUUGGAAGAGCAGUGGUGGCGUCCACGAGAGCUUCAGCGAGAAACCCAGCGACUCGAGGAGCGGCCAGCAGAGGGCGCCCGAAAGCAAGACGUCUGACACGCCGUCGGGAGACCUGGGCAUAUUCGUCUCCGGCGGUGGCUAUCGGCAGCCAGCCCUCGAAGUCUGCAACACGUCGACGAAUCUGCCGAAGUGCUUUGCAGAGCCGCUGGACUGCGGUGAAGUCAGGUCCAGGAUAUGGCUGCUGUGAUCUUAUCGGACUCUAGCCAAAGUGUUCGGCACCGCUUUCUUCUUUGUGCAAACGACUUUGUUUAGUCAUCGAGUUUUACGCGACCGAUGCAGAGCAGUGUCGUGAAAGAAAAGGGACGUAGCGGAAUCUGCCACAUGCUUGAAACCAUCACCUCAUUUGUAAUGCUCUUCCAUGUGUGGGUGCUAUGUUGCAGGCGUUGUUCCAUAGAAAAUAAUCCGAGAAUAUGCAUUCAGUGGCUCACAUAGGUUAAUAGGCACAAGAGCUAAUGAUGUAUUCUGUUUAGUUACAUGCAGCACGACUGAGUGGAAGACAGAAAACACAUAGGAGUGCUGUGUAUGUGUCUCCUGUUUCUCGCUGUGUGCCCGCUGUCUUCGUCUCAGUCACCCUGCACGUAACUAAGUAUGGGGCAACUCGCCCAAGCCAAGGUGCUACUGCAAGGUUUCCAUUGGUCACUGCAUUGCUGCGUAAGAACUCACCCUAAACCUUGAAUGAGGGCUGACGUCUCCUCUGUAUUUCAGGCAUCGAAAUCUCUUUAGAGGAAAACGUGUUUGCUUUUGCUGUGCCAACGAAGUGUAGCACAUGGCUUGCAUUUCGUGUGUUGAUCACACUGCAAGAGAUAGUGAGCUUCUACAGAACUCGUUGAUUAGAAACGGCCGGCAGAAAAUGCGAGCUCACCUUGAAUCGACCAGGCGAAAACAAAUUGUCUGCUGGGCAGCAAACCAAAAAAAAAAAAUGUCGAAAAAGAAGCCUGCUGCAGGUUGAAAAGCAGAAUGUAUAGUAAGAAAACAUUACCGUGGACAUUUGAAGCAAGGCGUUGAUCAGGUUUCGCGAGAAAGAUGAAAAAAAAAGUGCACCAGAUUUGGGUCACUACACCUUCACUGGAAGCAGCGAGUGCUUAGCUGAUGCGUGUGUUCUUGUAGUCAUAAAACCUGCGUGCCUGCCAGCUUAAGUUUGUAAUUAAGAUUUCAGUUGAGGGUUCAGUCUUGUGGCAAGUUCUUGCGCUACAUCUCUUAAUUUUUUUUUUUGCUCCUGUGCACCGAAUCAUCUUAGUCAUGAUGUAGUAUUACCAGCACACUCAUAUCGCCAUCGUCAUAAGUUCUUAUAGGCAAGACUGUGGUCUUGUGUGUUGGCCUUUGCCCUCAUCUUUCUUUCGUUUUCUUUGGUGUGCAAAUGACUUGCCAAAAGUUGGUGUUUUCUUUUUUUGCAAGAACUCGCACUGUGAUGGGAAGCAGAUGCGGGACUGAUAUGGUAAUCAGGGCGUAGUGGCAAGGCCUUUUGGGCUUAUCUCAGAGGUGCUAAAGUGUGCGGAAGAAAGUACAAGUUGUGAAGAUAAUGGCAACGAGUGAUAUCAGUUGCCCUGGGUCCCUGUGCUUCUGCCUUCAUGUUUCACAGCUUGUUUGCCCCAUUUUGCACCUUACAAAUGCUACCAAGCCAUAAUCGCUUCAGUCAUGGUUACAUUGAGUCCAAGGCACUUCAGCAUUUCUGCGCAUACAACCCGCCCCUGCAUAUAACCCACACCCCGAACAACAAACCGCAGAAAAAACUGAAAAAGAAAAAGAACAUUUCCGCGCGUUGCCAUAAGGCCACCUUCCUUGCCAUACCAAAAAAGUAGUGCCGUGAGGCCACGUUGGACACCGAAAUAGGCGCACCCCGACUUUAGCUUCGAAAUUUCCUGUAUAUCUUGUGCAGGUUAUACACGAGAAAAUGCGGUACGACAUGCGCUGUUCAGAGCAAUUCAGGCUUGACAACACUUUCUGUUCAUCAAAUACUUGUCGUUCAUGGCAGCAGAACAAAGGUACUGUUCUUUGUCUCUUUCGAGAAACCAAGAAGAUAGUUGUGGGUUUCACUUACAGGAAAUCAUUCAAACAAGGUGAAACGAAAGCGGACGGGGCGAUGAGUGCAUUACAUUGUGGUUCCAAUAUUUCUGAAAGAAUUUCAUCGUGACAGUGCUUUUUUUUUUCCUAGCGAACUCUGUCUCUUCUACCUGUGGUUGUUGUUCUGUAGGGCAGUGCCUAUCGGUUCUCGUUUUUAGACAUUCAUUUGUUGAUUAGUACUGCCGUCUUUUUUCAUCUCGUUUGUUCAUGCCAGCUGUAACGCUGAUUCUGUUCACACAAGAUUACCGUGUGUGCUUUUUCUAAACGAAUUGCCAUCUCACUUAGUUUGGACUGUGGUGCAAAGCAUCCACGAGAUGAGUGCUGGUGUCUUGAGAAUAGGUAGUCGUCAUUUAUUGGUGCAGUUAAUUCAACUGCAGCAUAGUAAAACUCAGGUGACGCGUUUCCCAUAAUUCACAACGAAGAAUGCAAAUGGAGUCAUUCUGCUCUGCUUGAAUGAAGCUCACUCGCAAAAGUUUCAGCAGGGGGCUACAGAGAAUUUGCAACAAAUUAAAGUGUAACAAGCAUUGCACUGCUCAGGACAACGAAUAAUGGCUCUCCUGGUUAAUCCACUGGCUUGCUCACGUUCGGACUUGAGACAGUACCGAGCAGAUGCAUUUCACCUUACGCACACACGGGAGCAGCACUUACCUGUUUUACGUGGGUACAUUCUUCUAUUUAGUACACUCGGUCUGUUUAACACAUACUCCCAUAUUUCUUGAGGAGGAAGCAAGCCAUUCUUGAAACUUAUUGGUCUGUUUUGCUAUGUGGCACUAGCGUCGGAGCAGUCACACCAUCUUUCGUUGUUGCUGUGUAUACAAUUCGUCAUAGCUGUGUAGACAGAAUGAAGACUGGUAUUGCGCUUUCUUCUCAUUGCAUACUGCUUCAAUUUUUCCACUGAAGAAGAUCUACCUCCUAUAUGUAUGUGGCACCGGCACGUGUGACUUAAACUUCCAAUUUCUUAUUUUGUGUAGUACAAAAAUAGGCAAGUGCUGCACCCGGGCGCAUCACUAAAUGGAGCACUUUAUCUGUGCAUAAUGUUAGCACCAACAAGCCAGCUGUUAAUUAGGGAGGGUCGUUUGUACUUUUGCCUUCGGUGACCUGAGCAACAGCUUUAGUUUGAGGUGCCUUCUUAAAUAUACUUUCAACAGAUGCACUUAGGUUGUCGCAACGAAACUGUAAUACUCUUGGCACUAAGAAAGCUUGUUUUGUCUUACUUUUUUAGUCAGAUUUAUCGCUUCCUGUGGUCCUUGAUAAUGCACAUGCAAGUGUAUACAAACAGAAAACUAACAUGAGCUAGCUGUGGACAGGGUGCACCUUUAUUAAAAGCAACUCUGUUUUCCUCAAAGUGGUUACAUGGCUAGGCUAGCAAAGCGUUUCACUCCAAGUGACGCUCCACAAAAGCAAGGACAUGCAUUGGCAAAAUUUUCGAUUGGCCGAGCAGUAAGAGGCCCUAGUUUAGAAGGAAAUAGACGAAAACAUGUAAACAGGCCCUGUUUUAAAGUCUUCAUGUCCAACACCCUCAAGAUCAGUCUAGUGACAUGUGCUGUCUAUAUGUCUAACAUCACCAACCCACUUCUGUCGUUUAUAUUGAAGUGAAAGUAACAAGGGCUAAGUCAGCCUGAUGGGUGAUGGCUAAGUGUGAGGGGCACCAAAAAGAGUGCAUCUUGGCAUUCAAAACUCUGGAGCUGCAAUAUAUUUUAUGAAAGUCCUGGUAAAUAGCCCAGCAAAGAGUUCGAUAACUUUCAAGCUUAGUUAAAGCUGCUGCUCGCAAAGACUUGGCACGUGUGUUUAUUAUUUUAGCAUUACAUUCACGGUAAAUCAUAAUGCGCUUGCAUAAGGAGUCAUGGUUGCCGGAGUUGUAUUCAGGCCAUGCAACUUUAGAAGCCGUGUUCUCAUUUUUUUUUAGGCAAUGAAAGUCAUUCUACAGUACCUGGUAUAAAAAGAUAUAACGAAGUGAAGGCAUAUGUGACUGCGUAUGACUCAAAGAUGCAUUAUUUUUUACAUUGUUUACUUUUUUUAUAGCACCUUAUGCUACUCUUUGCCCUCUGGUAUUUCAAGUAUCAUAAUCCUGACAUAAUGUCAAAAGUUGCAUCAGGUUACACAUCGUAUUAAUGGCACAUCACGUCAUAUUUCCUAAGCUAUCCUGUGUAAUGAGCCAGUUUGCUCGUACCAACUAGUUGUGUCAAGACCUUUGAAGGUUUCUGGGUCCAUAUUAUAAUGUAUUUAGCCAGGACUUGAUAUUUUUUCACUAGCAAUGUGGAGUGUGCGUGUAAGCACACGCUACACCUACACUGCACUCUUCUCAUCCAUGUCUCCUUGUCUGGUUUGCACUUAUUCUCGGAACGAAGCACUUGAACAUUUUAAAAGCAUACAAUAUGUUAAACACAUCAUAAUUUGCAACACGAGGCAUGAGAACUUAUUUUGCACGAAAUCGUGUGACAUAAUGUGUGUUUCUUUCGACAAAAGAUUUUCGGCAGGCAUGUGUUCAUCAGCAUGUGGUAGUCAAUUUCAACAUGUUUCCAUCAGUGGCCUUUUUUCAAAGGCCGCUGAUGGAUUUCAUCAACUUGCAAGUGUGCUGUGCAGAGUGCGUAGUUGCGUGCAACUUCGUGAAGUUGCACAUGUGAAGUGCUAUUUGUUAUUUGUGCUGAAUUGAAUUGUUGGCGGCAAAGCCAAAUGCAUUACUUAAUGCUUAGUCAGCAGUGUCGCAUACUUCAGGCCUUUUCAAACUGGAGUUUUGGAAGUUUCAAAAAGAUUGCCCAUGGCACGAGACUACGUUGUAUUGCCGUGUACUGCUGUACUUUGUAUCGUUUACAGAAAAUUCUGACAUUCAUUAUCACACUUUCAUCGAAUAUUAAUUUUGCAGAAUUCAGCAUGACCAACAGGUUAUCAGUGAGCUGUGCUUAAAUGCCAAAUGCUGACGAUAACGCAUCAACGUAAGUUGAUAAAGCCUUGUGGAUGUGGUCGUUUGCAGUGCAAAAACAUUGACACAUGCCCCACCGUUUUGACAAGAACGAAAAAUUCAGUCAGCACAGAGUAUUCCAGGAUAAGUAUUCGUUGGGUCAUGCAACUGGUCAGGGAAAGAAGAUAAAAACCUCCAGAGGAAACUGGCUCUUGUGAACAAAUUUUAUAGUCCAUUGUUACUGCAAGCUGCAGCGAAUGACUUCAAUUUUUCAGCAUUUAACGAAAGUGAAGCGUAGAAAAAUAUAAUGUUCUUACUUUUUGAAGGUGCAUUUUAAGUUGCAGCAGUAGUUUACAUCAACCUGCAAGUAGCUACUUCAGUGCAGCAGCUGUGGCACUAAGGGUCUUUUUUUUAUGUCUUGUUUUGUUGUGGCUGAAGGAGAAUAAAGCCAUUUUCUUGUUGAAAGUGA